UAUACGGCAAACAAUCGACCACAGCGGAUCCCUUUCCCUUCCUUAUCCCGUUUAUAUGGUACGGUGACUUCCGCUGUUUCUGUAAAAGCAGUGCGAUCAUGGCGGAGCGCGUUCAGCAGCCCCCCGCUAAACGGCUCUGCUGCCGACCCGGCUACAACCCGGCGUGCAGACAGGGCCAGCGGGCUGGAGGAGCGGCGUGCGGCGGUCCGGGUACUGCCCAAGGGGGAUCGGGCAAAACUCAGAGCCCGGAGUCGCUGCUGGACAUCGCGGCUAGGAAAGUAGCGGAGAAGUGGCCGUUUCAGAGGGUGGAAGAGCGUUUUGAAAGAAUCCCGGAGCCUGUCCAAAGGAGGAUCGUCUACUGGUCAUUCCCGAGGAGCGAACGGGAGAUCUGCAUGUAUUCUUCCUUCAACACAGGCGGUGAGGAGAGCGGAGCUACCGGGGAAAACAGCGACGAGACCCGACUACCUUUCAGACGGGGGAUCGCUUUGCUUGAGAGUGGCUGCGUAGACAACGUUCUGCAAGUCGGGUUUCACCUGAGUGGUACAGUGACAGAACCAGCUUCCCAGUCAGAGCCAGAGAUCGUGUGCAACGUUGCUAUCAGCUUUGAUCGCUGCAAGAUUACCUCAGUUACCUGUAGCUGUGGCAACAAGGACAUCUUUUACUGUGCGCACGUCGUAGCACUCUCCUUAUACCGGAUCCGCAAGCCGGAUCAGGUCAAACUGCAUCUUCCCAUUUCAGAGACGCUAUUUCAAAUGAACAGAGACCAACUACAGAAAUUUGUACAGUAUUUAAUCACAGUACACCACACAGAGGUUCUACCCACUGCCCAGAAACUAGCAGAUGAGAUUCUCUCUCAGAACUCUGAGAUUAAUCAAGUACAUGGUGCCCCCGACCCUACGGCAGGUGCCAGUAUCGAUGAUGAGAACUGUUGGCACCUGGAUGAGGAGCAGGUCCAGGAACAGGUUAAACUCUUCCUCUCCCAGGGUGGAUACCAUGGAUCUGGGAAGCAGCUCAACUUGCUGUUUGCAAAGGUGCGAGAAAUGUUGAAGAUGAGGGAUUCAAAUGGCGCUCGCAUGUUAACGCUGAUAACAGAGCAGUUCAUGGCUGACCCCCGUCUGUCUCUAUGGAGACAGCAAGGCACCACCAUGACUGACAAGUACAGGCAGCUCUGGGACGAACUAGGUGCUCUGUGGAUGUGUAUAGUCUUAAAUCCACACUGCAAGCUGGAACAGAAGAUGUGCUGGCUGAAGCAGCUGAAAAAGUGGAACAGUGUGGAUGUUUGUCCCUGGGAAGAUGGAAACCAUGGAAAUGAGCUGCCCAAUUUAACCAAUGCCUUGCCUCAGGGUGCAAAUGCUAACCAAGAUUUAGCCAGCAGGCCUCACCGGACUGUUUUCACACGAGCCAUUGAAGCGUGCGAUCUCCAUUGGCAGGACAGCCACUUGCAGCACAUUAUCAGCAGUGACCUCUACACCAACUACUGUUACCAUGACAACACUGAAACUUCACUCUUUGACUCUCGCGGUUGGCCUCUGUGGCACGAACAUGUCCCCACAGCUUGUGCGAGAGUGGAUGCACUGAGAUCUCACGGUUACCCCAGAGAAGCACUGAGGCUGGCAAUCGGGAUUGUUAACACCUUACGACGGCAACAGCAGAAACAGCUGGAGAUGUUCCGAGGACACAAGAAAGAGCUUCUUCAUAAAGGGAUGACCUCAAUCACCAGUCUAGAGGGCUGGGUCGGCCACCCCCUGGAUCCCAUUGGCACUCUCUUCAGCACUCUGAUGGAGACGUGCAGAGAGGAUGAGGACUGCACUCCCGGCUUUUCUAGCUUUAUAGGUACCAUGGGGCCGUCCAAGUCUCUGGACUACCAGCACUUCCCAAUGCACCGGUUCCUCGAGGAGGGCGAGUCCUACCUGACACUGGCAGUGGAGAUCGCUCUCAUAGGCUUGGGGCAGCAGCGGAUCAUGCCCGACGGCCUGUAUGCGCAGGAGAAGGUGUGUCGCAACGAAGAGCAGCUCAUCGCCAAGCUGCAGGAAGUAGACCUCGACGACACGCUGGUCAAGAUUUUCCGAAAACAAGCUGUCUUCCUUUUAGAAGGUGGACCAUACAGUGGUCUUGGGGAGCUCAUUUACAGAGAGAGCGUUCCAAUGCACACCUUUGCCAAGUAUCUCUUCACCUCUCUCCUACCUCAUGAUGCUGAAUUGGCAUACAAAAUUGCACUGAGAGCAAUGCGGUUACCAGUAUUGGAAUCUACAGCUCCAAUGGGAGACAUGUCCCGGCCUCACCACAUUGCAUCUGUCGUUCCAAACCGGUAUCCCCGCUGGUUCACCCUGAGCCACAUUGAGUCUCAGCAGUGUGAGCUGGCAUCGACCAUGCUAACAGCAGCCAAAGGUGACGGUCGGAGGCUUGAAACAGUGUUAGAAUCCAUCCAGAAAAAUAUCCACUCCUCAUCACACAUCUUCAAACUCGCCCAAGACGCAUUUAAAAUCGCAACUCUCAUGGACAGUUUACCAGAUAUCACUCUGCUGAAAGUAUCUCUGGAGCUGGGUCUUCAGGUAAUGAGAAUGACGCUGUCAACGUUAAACUGGCGACGUCGAGAGAUGGUGAGGUGGUUAGUAACUUGUGCCACAGAAGUAGGGGUUUAUGCAUUAGACAGCAUUAUGCAGAGCUGGUUCACGCUUUUCACACCCACGGAGGCCACCAGUAUUGUUGCCACGACAGUGAUGUCCAACAGCACCAUCGUGCGGCUGCACCUUGACUGCCACCAGCAGGAGAACCUGGCGAGCAGCGCGCGAACCCUGGCCCUGCAGUGUGCAAUGAAGGACCCCCAGAACUGUGCUCUGUCCGCUCUCACCCUGUGUGAGAAGGACCACAUCGCCUUCGAGACGGCCUACCAGAUAGUGUUGGACGCUGCCACCACAGGCAUGAGCUACACCCAGCUCUUCACGAUCGCGCGGUACAUGGAGCACCGCGGCUACCCCAUGCGGGCUUAUAAGCUGGCCACUUUGGCCAUGACUCAUCUCAACCUGAGCUACAAUCAGGACACGCACCCUGCCAUUAAUGAUGUGCUGUGGGCAUGCGCGCUGAGCCACUCCCUGGGCAAAAAUGAACUCGCAGCCAUCAUCCCCCUGGUGGUCAAAAGUGUCAAAUGUGCCACCGUGUUGUCGGACAUUUUGCGGCGGUGCACACUGACCACGCCAGGCAUGGUGGCACUUCAUGGGCGCAGGAACUCUGGGAAGUUAAUGUCACUGGACAAAGCCCCACUAAGACAGUUGCUAGAUGCCACGAUUGGGGCUUACAUUAACACCACGCACUCUCGACUCACACACAUCAGCCCCCGGCACUAUAGCGAAUUUAUUGAGUUCCUUAGCAAGGCCAGAGAGACCUUCUUAAUGGCUCACGACGGACACAUCCAGUUUACACAGUUUAUCGACAACCUAAAACAGAUUUACAAAGGCAAAAAGAAACUGAUGAUGUUAGUCCGGGAGAGAUUCGGUUGACGGAGUUCACGUCUCGAUCUUUUUACUUGAGCCUGCCUUUGUACCCUUUUUAACUUAAAUAUGGAAAGAAAAAAAACAAAAAAAACAAUUAACAGAGCCACACCGGUAUUAUAUGUGUAUAAAACUGUUUAGUUCACAAAAAAAGAAAAUUGUCAUGUUGUGAAAGUUUGUGUGUUUUCUUUUAUUUGUAUGAGAGAGAGAGAGAGAGAGAGAGAGAGAGGUUAAAGAGAAAUGUUUUGGUUUACACUGAGUAUAUGUUGUCAAGUGGCAAAAGCCCACAUAGCUCUCCUGUUCUUUCUGUAUACAUUCACAGCCUCAAAGAUGAAAAAUAUGGCUUUAAACCAAACAAAACACCUCCAUCCUAAGUGACAAGUACCUCGUAUGGAUUCAGCUUUACUCCUUCGUAAUUCACCCUUGCAUUUGUGUAUUUAAAGCGCAAGAAAAGAAAAAAUGCAGAUAAAUAAAUGAAUAAACAAAUACAUAGACAUAAAUAAAUUAAACAAAACAAGAAAACAGUAUAAUCAAAUCCAAGGCUGACCAUGUGGCUUUGCAGUGCUGUUCAUCCAGAAGCAUGGCACACAGUGCUUGUGCAUGUGGAAACUUAGCGACUGUCAACAUACAUUCUCAGGGAUUUCUC